AUGCUUGCACUAUUUGAGCAUAGUGGCAAAUUACCUGGAAUUAUCUCACACAAUGACUUCAGCUCUACAGACCUGAUCUAGCUGAUCAACGAAGGUUACAAGGAGAACCAUAUUAUACAAUGUUGCUUGGAAGUUUUGAACCCUUUAGAAAUUUCUAUAUUUCUUUAUAAAUAUGACCCAAAUCAUCAUUAGAAAAGAGAUAUUUGAUUAAAUAUUUUUUGAUUGCUUCAGUCCCCUUUAAAAACGCAUUUGAAGCGGCGACAAGCUGCGUCAUGUUCCGGCUCCUCCCCUGAACUGAGUCUGCGUGGAUUCAGCGCGUUUUUCAAUCCGCAGGGACGCUGAACAGAGAGAACAUCAGAGAGUACAAGUUUCUGUUCAGGGCCCUUACCAGAGGACUCUGUUAAAAAACUUGCUAAAAGACUACAAUCCCAUGGAGCGGCCAGUAGCCAAUGAUUCCCAGCCUCUCACAGUUGUCCUUACUCUCAGCUUGGUGCAGAUCAUGGAUGUGGAUGAAAAAAAUCAGGUUCUCACCACCAAUAUUUGGCUUAACAUGCAUUGGUAUGAUUAUUAUCUACAGUGGAACCAAUCAGAAUAUCCAGGAGUGAAAAAUCUUCGAUUCACCACUGACCAAGUUUGGACCCCAGACAUCUUGCUUUACAACAGUGCUGACGAUGACUUUGACUCAACCUUUAAGACCAACGUGCUGGUGAAUUCCAGUGGCUACUGCACCUAUCUGCCCCCAGGUAUCUUCAUGAGCACCUGUAAUGUGGAUGUUCGCUGGUUUCCUUUCGACAUCCAAAAGUGUGAAAUGAAAUUUGGCUCCUGGACAUUUGACGGCUGGCUGCUGGACCUCCAGAUGACCGACGCUGAUAUUUCUGGUUACAUGCCUAAUGGAGAAUGGGACCUAGUCGGUGUCCCUGGCACAAGGAAUGAGGUUUUCUAUGACUGCUGUAAGGAGCCGUACCCAGAUGUGACAUUCGUGAUAACCAUCCGCAGACGAACACUCUACUAUGCCCUGAACCUCCUCAUUCCUUGCGUACUGCUCUCCUCCAUGACCCUCCUGAUCUUUGUGCUGCCUGCUGACUCUGGAGAGAAGAUCUCACUGGGUAUUACAGUUCUGCUAUCACUAACAGUCUUUAUGUUACUAGUGGCAGAAAUUAUGCCUGCCACUUCUGACUCCAUUCCACUCAUAGGGCAAUACUUUGCUAGUAUAAUGAUCAUUGUUGGUAUGUCGGUCAUAGCAACUGUGAUUGUUCUGCAAUAUCAUCAUCACGAUCCAAAUGGGGGAAACAUGCCCAAAUGGGUCCAGCUGGUUCUGCUCCAGUGGGUGGCCUGGUUUUUGCGUAUGAAGCGCCCUGGUGAAUGUGAAGACCCUGAGCGUCCUCCAUGUGCUCCCCAUCUUCGCCGCUGCUCUUCAGGCUCCCAUACUGGCAGCCUUCCCAACAUGGUUGACCAACACCACCAUAUGCCUACCACACUACACCCACUCCACCCCCAGAGCCUUUUGCAAGCAGCAGGCCAUGCCAACCAUCUGCCCCCACAGUGUAACAGUGCUAAUAACAAUGGCAGCCUGCUCUACACUGGCUUCCCAAGCUUGGAUGAAGCCUCACCACCUCCACUGUUGGCUGACUCUGCCCCAAGGAAUAGCAUAUCAGCUGGUGUAAUUCGACCAGGGUCUUCCAGCCCGCCACCUCACUUGCCCUCACAUUACAGCAGUCCACCUCCACCACCAACGCCAAACCUAGAUGCUCCUGGUUGUCCCAGUACAGUCUCGGGUGGUGCUGGUGGUUGUUCAUGCUCAGCGGCCAGUGGCAGUGGAGGAGAUCCACAGCUUCAGGCUAUCCUGGAUGAGGUUCGUUAUAUUGCUGAGCGUUUCAGAGCCCAGGACGAAAACGACAGUGUAGCAGAGCAGUGGAAGUUUGCAGGGGCAGUUAUCGACCGGCUCUGCCUUGUGGCCUUCAGUGUCUUUAACAUCAUCUGCACCAUCUCCAUCCUCAUGUCAGCACCCAACUUUGUCGAAGCUGUUUCCAAGGAUUUCAUUUGAAGAGACAAAAAUUAAUGCACAAUGUAUAGAUACAGGAAAGACUGUCUGUAACCAGGAAGUAUCUCAGAAUGUUCAUGAAAACCUUUAAGAUUUGGGAAACAUAAAGUGUAUUAAACAUAAGACUAUAUAACUUUAAAUCCUAGACAGUCAUAUGGACAGAAACUGGACUCUUUGUGGCAAUAGUACCCAGCCGGUACAGAAAACGGGAAGCAAAAUCUCAAUCAAAAGGAUGUAUCAUGGUCUUGUCAUGAUAGUACAAGAUCACUAUGAAUUCUCAAAAUAUAGUUUGAGAAUGUGCAUGUUUAGGUGUGUUGCAUUGAAUGUAAAAAAAUAGAGCUGGUAAGAGUGAGCAACAAACACGAGGGUGGAGGAGAGACUCAGGAUGUCUGUGGAGAUGUGCAGGUGGUAUUGACUAAAACAGAAAUGUUUAAAUAGAGAAGAAAAGAAAAUGAGGUUAAGCGAGAUGCUUUUUUUUUUUAAACCUUCAGCAGUUAAAGACAGUAGAGCAAUGAGUAAUAGAUGAAUACAGAUGUUAGGAGAGAAUGGUAGGCAGAAUGCUUGCUACCAAGAUGGAUGGAGAUAGUAAACUGUCACUGAGGGAAGAGCAGGAGGAUGCGAGAUCAAUUACAAAGAAAGAGCUAGCAUCAAAGAAGGAGGAAUGAGAAAAAGGAGAAAACGGAAUGGUUAUUAAUUGUUAUUCUUUAUUGGCACUAUGGAUGAUGUGCAGUGAACAGUGUAGGAAAUGUGAACAGUGUAAUGGUAGAGAGAGAGAGAGGGGUUCCUGGCAAAGCUGGAAUCGCAUUGUAGGAGAGACGUAAAAUAGAACAUCUCACGUCUUGAAACACAGCACACAGAUGCUACUUCAUUCAGAGGAAAUAUAAUAACAGACUAGAUUUAUAUAAUACAAAGAGAAGAGAUUGAUAUCACUGAGACAAAGAGAUGGAAGUCUGGAAGACACACUGAGAAAUGGCACACAGGCACUAGCAACACUUUUACAAUCUUCCACAUAUUUCAUUCUCCAAUCUCAUAGAUAUAUUCUUUUAAUGGAGUUCCAAAGACAAAAGAAGACAGAAAAUCUUGCAAAAGGUCCACCCCUGGAAAUUAAUAGGAAUUAUAACACAUGAAAUUAAUUCAGAUGAUUUUCCUAAGAAUAAAGCUCCAGCUGCUAACACACAAUAUUCUCUUAUUUUCAUUAGGAUCAUUUCAUGCCAUUUUAAUUUUUAAAGAAUGUUAGACCAUAAUGUUUAUUCAGUAACUACAGAGCAACAGUCAUACUGGAACAAGAAUCACAACGGUAGCUGUUGCAUUGCUGAAAGCAAUGUGUAUUAAUCAGGAGGAAUUUACUCAUAUUCUUAAUACAGCAACGAUGAGAAGGAAUCAGAGUUGUUUGUUGUUAGAAUUUACACAUUUUUCUAAUAAAUCAGUGGCAUACAAGAAAAAAUACAAACGUCAUGGCUAACAAACUCCUUUGGUGCUUAUAAAAUGUUGUGAGAAAAAGGUCAUAAAGUCAAGAACUACAAGAAUAUUUCAUUUAGAGAAUGUUGAAUGUUAUAGCAGGAUCUGAUUGUGAUAGCGGAAUGAAUAGUUGUCUUUAGAGAUCUCCUUUUCGGCACGGAUUUCCUUUUAUUUCCUUUAGAGAAACACUCAACUGCUCCUUAUUCUCACAUGCUUUUCACUCACAAGUGUUCACUCACACAACUUGUAAGCAGUUAGGAAAUAAAGCUAGGAAGGCAGCACAGUUUCAUAUAAUACAGUGAACACAAACUCAUAUGGUCUUGUUUUCUGAGUUGUCUGAGCAGAUUGGCUGUAGAUGGUCAAUAAGUAUUAAAAGGCCAAGUUGGUUUCUAUUUUAAGGACUGAAGUGGACUGUAUGUGUCUUAUUAUGUGUUUAUAUUAGAAAAUCUACAAGCAUUUGAGAUUCAGAACACAUACAGGAACGGACAUCAGCACUGAAAAGCCAAAAUAGGUGGUUAUUAAGGAGCAGGCUGUGGAAGCAAUUAGGCUGGAGACUUAUUGACCACCUGGUUUUAUUUUGAAAGACCUGUGACACUCAGUGGCCUCAGUGGACAUUAAUGAUAACAAUGAUAAAAAUUUAGCUGGUCCAAAAACUUCCAGAAAACUAUAACAAGACUGAAAACAGCAGUAGAACCUGUACCCACAAACCAGAAGCUUUACAGAAUUACAAUUUUUGUUAGCUAGGGAGCCAAAUCUUUUGGCAUGGAAAAGUAGCAGAACUACAUCAUAAAUAACAGCACAAAACAAAAUUGUGCAGUUGGAAUUACUUACAUAAGCAAACAAAAUCAGUUAUGAUAAAAAAAAGAAGUAGACUCUAUUAAUUGCUUAGCCGUGCAGGUCAAUCAAACAACUGAUUCAGCAGAAGUUCAACAGCAGUCAUCAUUUGGGUAAGAGUAAAUAUUUCCCAACAGCACUGACUCAGAUGGUGUCCAGACUCCAGAGAAUGAGAUGUCCAGAAACGUCCGGGACCAUGUUUGUGCUUGUGAACAUACUGUUUAGUAUUGUAGAUUGUGUGAAUGUUUAUAUAUUUAAUUGAUUAACUCUCUCUCUCUCUCCCUCCCUCACACACACACACACACACACACACACACACACACACACACGUUAUACUGGUAGAAACAUAAUUCUUUUAGUUGUGUUCUGCUCACACUUGUGUCACAGUCAGAUGUUGCAUUCUCCAGAAUAAGAAACAUUCUUUACUUGAUCUUAAAAUCUCUUUUUUUGUUCUCCUAAGCAUUAGCCACAGAGUAGCUCUCUGUAUAGCACUUCACAGGGCAGAUGGUGUGUUAAGGCAUCUUAAUAGCAUAUGCCAGCUGGAUGAUCAUGAUUUCAAUACUUCUACAGUCUCUGCAAUUAUCUCAGUAGGCGGUUAUACCAAGGUACUCCCAAAAUGCACUGAAGUUCUGGCACUGAAAAAGGUGGCUGAUGCUUCUUUGAGACAGUGUUCGAAUUCAAAGUCAGUGCUGCAGUUCUCAGAUACUGGAAUGAUGGAACAUCUCUGAGUAUGUGAUGAUUGAUACUGAACAGGGAUUGAUGCAGGCAGAGUAGUUAGGGUUUUUAGUUCAUCCAGACUUGAGAAGCACAUUCCACAGGAGCUCUCAUUUGACAGUGUCAAAGGCCUUGAAGAGGUUAUCAAAGUCUAUAAAUGGAUUUUGAUAUUCUCACCACAUACACACUCUAUUUCCUGAUUAUUAAAGUAUUCUUUUCUAAUA